AGAUCGCAAAUAUUCAUCUCUUACAAUGUGUAUUAACUAUUGUAGAUCAUGGACGGAACUGAGGCAGAUACUACAAAUGCUUUGAAUGAACCUAUCGACAUAGGUUCAGAUACAAUGUUGGUGGAAGAGACGAGUUUUACCGAAUCAACCAAGGUCAUGGACAAUAUAAAAAUGGAUGUUGAUGUUAAAGAAGCCAUCACCAAAAGCCUCGAGGCUACCUUGAUGAAAGGGACCCUAGACUCACCGACUCUUUCAAAUCCAAAGGAGUCAUGUCAUAAUAAACCAAAAAAAGAAAACACAAACAUUAUCUCAAAAGACUAUGUCUGCACCGCGGAAGAUUUUGUCGUCAUUGAAUCAAUAAUGUCUGCACCUAAAAAUACCAACUUUGUGGAGAUCGGUGAUGCAUCGCUAUCUAAUGACCAUUUAAAGUGUCUUACAUGUGAUGACGGAUUUCUGCCCGAUGUGAUAAAUGCCUACAUAUAUUGCAUGCGUGCAUGUGAUCAUCUGCUUAACAGAGCUGGCGAUAAGGUAUAUAUGGAUAAAACAUACGUCUCCAAUAUGCUGAAGAAAGACGUAAAAAUAUAUCGUCAUAUCGUAGAGCAGGCAUAUAUUUAUCUAAAGCAUGAUAUGCGGUCAUCAAUGCGAAGAAACGCUUGA